UUCAGUUUCAGUUUCAGUUGGCCGAUGGUGCGCUUACAAAACGCCGGUUCUCGGCGGACGCGUUCGCUUUCGCGCUCCUCGAAACCCCCCCCCCCCACACACACAGAAUCUUAAUUUGGGAGGGGCGCGGGGGGUUUGGCGGUGAAAGUGCAACAAUAAAGAAAGUGCAGCGGGGGGCGUGGCGGGGUCAGCAAGUAGCACUCUGGAGCCAACUUUUGGCAAUUGGCUGGCGUUAUUUUUGGAUUAAGCAGCGCCAAAUUGUAACAGACGAACGAACAACGACCGACAAUUAACGAUUAACAUUAAGUCCAACUGAAGUAGGGGAAAGUGCUUAGGAUUCUUUUUCAAAUCGCCCACUUACCGCCAGCAAAAACAAGAACAAACAAAAGAAGACCGAUAAGCGGAAUUAAGUCGAGUAGAAAAUUUUAAAAAAUAUUUUUUAUCAACAAUAUUUUUUUGAAAAACUUUCGAAGACAUCCGAAGAAGUAAGCACACACACACACAGAAUAAAGAGCUCCGAGGCAAACAGAAGUCAGCCAAGGAGGAACCGAAGUUAAACAUUUAAAAGGAGCAACUUGAGUCCGCAGGAAGAAGCAGUCCAGAAAGGAUACGCACCCAUAUAUACAAAUAUACAAAAUGGCCGCCCUACAACGGAAACUGGUGCACAAGCAGUUCAACUCGCCCAUGGGCCUCUAUUCCCAGGAGAACGUGAAGGCCACCUUGAACCGCGAGCUGAAAGCCUUCGGCGGCGAGGGGAUUGAAGUCGACGAUCAAAUCACAAAGCCCCUGAACUUGGCCAACUCGGCCGUUCUGCGCGCCGUCGAAGAGGAAGAACAACAAGCCAAAUCUGAUUUUUACCCCAUUGAAAGACAGAGCCGUCGGCGUCAGCGUGCCGAGGGCGAUGCACUGCAUCACACGCUGCACCAGCAGCUGCUGGACCAGAUCAAGACGGACUAUCUCAGCCACCAGCAGGACAUCACCAUCGAUCGGGACACGGUGCUGAAGAUCAACCGCCUGGCCACCAAGCGGCAUCUGCUCAAGCGGGAUCACAGCUGGCCACCAGCGGAGCUGGAUGUGGUGGCCAAUCCCGACCAGAAUCCCCCGAUCUCCUGCAAUCCCUCGCACAGUAUUGAGGCUCUGAGGGAGAAGUUCCAGAGUCCCACCAGGAUUAUAGAACCCACGGCCCGGCAAGUGAGAGAGCAGCGACAGAGGGAUGGUGGUUCCAAGGAGAGAUCCCGAACACCCCAAAGGGUAUCCGACCUGGCCGAGGUCUUUCACCAAACCCCCCUCUCGAAAGGCUUCUCCGCUCCAGAAACCAAGGCAGCCGACGUGGACUUGGGUCUGGUGGCUCCACGGUGUGAAUACUACGAGCAGUUGGCCCACAAGCGGCCCACUACCCCCACCACGUUGCCCACUCCGGUGACGCCCUAUCGGCCAAGAUACAAGAGGCAGGCCUACUCCCUGGAACGCGGACGCAGCCGCAAGCGGACAGUGGGUGCUCCGGAACUGCCGCCACCCAAGCCACGAACUGCGAAGCCAAAAGUCCAACGCAGAUGCAUCAAACUGGCCACCGAGGUGAAGAUCUCCUAUGGCCACGACGGCGACAGCGAGGAGGACCCGGUUUCUGGCCAAGAGUUUGACUUGGAGGCCUUGCCGCUGCCACCGACACCGACACCAACACCUACCCAGAAUCCAACACCAGCUGCCCCGAAUCUCAAUCAAGCGACGACAGCGGGCCGAAUGGUAAUUGACAACCUGGCAGUUAAGCAGCAGCAGCAGAUGGCUCUGGCUUUGGCCACAAAUGGGAGCAUUAGCCAGGCCAAGAGUCCCUCGGCCAACACUCGCAUUGUGCCCGUUCGCGUGGAGGCCUCGAGGGAUCCGCCCAAGCUGAGUGCCCAGCAGAUCUACGACGACGCCUGCUCGUAUCUGCAGGAUCACGAUCGCGAUCACGAUCACGACCACCAGGAGAUGGAGAGUCCCACCUAUGUGAGUGCCACCGGCGGGAUCAAGUUGCUUCAGCGGCAGGCGAGCAGCACACCGAGUACUCCGAUUCCACCGCCACCUCCUCCGCCCCCGGUGAUGCGUUCCAAGGCUGGCCAGGAUGCGCAGGCCAAGGACAAGCAGGCGAGGCGACAGGGUGGGAUCUACAGCCUGGGGAGUGAUGCGGAGAAGCAGCACGAGGCCCAUGUGGAGAUUGCCCAGUUGGAGGCCAAAUAUGCCCACAUCCAGCAAUCCAUAGCCGAGCAUCUCCUCCAGAUCGAUGCCUACAUGGAGAAUGCCAAGCAGGCGCUGCAGAGGAGUGCCCAAACCACACCAGUAGCUACUCCCACACCCAUUCCCACGCCACCACCUCCUCCGCCUCCGCCUCCAGCACCACCCGUGAGACCCAUCAGUUCGGGCAGCAACGAUUCCUGGGACAUCUUCGCCCAUCGCCAGUCACCCAUUUUGGCCGUGGAGAGUCCACUGCAGGCCAUCCUCCGGCAGAUUUACACCCGGGCAGCUGGCUUACCCACGCGGCUCUCGAAAGAGAUUAAGGAGGCGACACCCGCCGAAGAGGAGGCGGAGGAGGCCCUCACCGAAAACGUGCCCAUUGUGGAGCGGGCACUGGAGGAUCUGCACAAGAUUGCAGUGGCACUGGAGCAAAAACCAGAGACCGCGGAACUCAUGCACGUAGAACUCCGGACAACGCCAGCUGUCAUUGAAGCGGAGCACGUAGUCAUCAAGGAUGUGGAUGUGGAUGAGGACAUGGAAUACAGACACGUAUCGGAUGUAAUUGCCAACUACGAGCAGUUGGCCAAAAAGGAGUUCGAGGAGUGGAAGGAGGAACAGGUGGCCAAGAAAGAGCCGGAAGUUAAAGAGGUGCUGCCAAAAACAGAGUUAAGGAAAGCGAUAGAGGAGCAGCUGGCCAAAAAAGCUUUACGGGAAGGUAAAAAUGUAGUGACAGAGGAGGGGAAAAAGGUAGUGAUUGAGGAGGAGAAAAAGGUAGUGAUUAAGGAGCAGAAAAAGGCAGUCUCAUUGGAAGAGAAAAAGGUAAUGCUACCUAAAUUGGUAACAAAAGAUGGGCAACAAGGUUCAAAUGAGGAACCACUGGUCAACAAAGAGUUAAGGAUAGAGGAACCAGUAAUUAAGCCAGAUUUACAGCAGAGUAAAAAGGAGCCAGAUGCAAAUACAACCAAAACAGAUCUCCCAAGAAGUGCUGACCAGGUGAACCUCCAAGAAAAGGAGGCAUCCUGCGACCACGAAGCCUUCUCCUCCAACUAUUGUCCAUGCUGCGAUGAGAUGCGCUGCUCGCCCAAUAACUGGGCCAAACUCAAUAAGGCCGACCAGUGGCGCAUUGCCAAUCUGCACAACGAACCGCUGAGGAACUACAAGGCCACCUACGAGAUUAGGAGUCCCUAUAUAUCGCGGCAGAUCUCCUGGGAGGACACGCAGUCGGCCAAGGAGAAGACUGCUCCCGAGAAACUGCAGCGUCAGCGGAGUUUUGUGGAGAUUGUGACCACGCCGGCUACGGACUCUCCGCCACCGCCUCCUCCACCGGCGCUGUUCAGCCUCAAGGAACCGGAAACGGAGGUCACCUGGGAGAGGAGUCGCUCGCCCAGUCCGCUGCCCUCGCGCCGCUAUCCCGCUCCACUUAUAGAGGCUCCUCAGCGUUCCAGCUCACCCUACGGUCUCAAUCCUGUCCAGACCAAGGGCUCACCAUCGCCGGUCAAUCUUCCUGCAAAAUUCUCGCAUGUGCCACAACUGGAAGGCCACAACAUUGGACUCCUGGUGAAAACGGCCACCGAGCCACUGCAGCAGAGCAUGUCGGCAUCCUCCUCAAUGCUGGCUGCCACGCCCCCGCCCCCGGCCACGCCCCGUUCCGCGGCACAGCCCUCGCCCUUCGAAUUCCCAACUCUCGAUUCCGCAGAGCAACACAAGUUCAGAUCCCUGGCUUCCUUCGACGAGGUACAGCGAGAUUUCAGCGUCAAUCGAUCCUUCGAUAACGUAUCGCCACGUCCAUAUUUGGGCAUUGAAGGCUACAAACGUGUGGCCUGGCCACCGGCCUCGGAGGAGCGGAUCAUCCGGGAGUUCACCCCCCAGCCGCAGACCCAAAGUCCGGCCCCGGGUUCCGGGGGCUACUAUCCGCAGGGCCAGGGCCACGCCCCCGCAGCUGCUGCCCCACCCCAGGGUCCCAUUUAUAACAACGUCCAGCCACGCACCGCCCAACCACCACAAAAUGUCUACAACCCACCGGCACAACAGCCCAUUGCCACCGCCAAUACCACCCAGUUCCCAGAUAGUUAUCCGGAGCAGCAGCAACCUGUGCAAUACACACAGGCCCAGUUCAAUCGGCAGCGCUCGAGGGAACCCGUCCAGGUCCCAGCUCCAUCUCCAGCCCCCGCGUCCGAUGCCUAUCCCAACUACCAGUCCAACUAUCAGUCCAACUAUCCGCAGGAACCGCUGCAGGCCGUGAACAAUGUGGGCGGUGGCUGGAAGCACAUUGGUGCCCCGCUGCCCAAGUCGCGUAGUGACUACACCGCCGGAGGAGGAUCCUAUCCUCCGUUCCAGGGAUCCGCGCAGCAGCAGCAGCCGUUAUAUCAGCAGCCGCAGCAGCAGCAGCAGCAGUACGGUGCUCCGUCUUACGAUGGCCAGCAGCAGCAACAGCAACCUGCAGCACCAUGGCAGCAGCAGCAGCAACAACAACCGCAGCAACCUGCAGCACCGUGGCACCAGCAACAGCAGCAAUAUCAGCCUCAAUCGCAGGCUCAGGCUCCCUAUCAGCCACCACAGUGGAACCAGCAACAGCAGCAGCAGCCAUCGUACCAGACUUCACCGUACCAGCAGCAACAGCAGCAGCCAUCCUAUUACCCACAGCAAAACGGUGGCUCGACCCUUGCUCAACCCCAAUACAAUUCUUAUUCGCAGCCCCAGCUGCCCUACUCGCAGGAUCAGACCGAUCUGCAGCAGCAGCAGCAACCUGGCGCCUUCGCCGGUCAGGAUAACAGCUACCGGGGCGCCAGUCCUGGGAUCAUUACCCUGCGAAAGGAGGCACCAGUCAGCCAGCAGCCUGCGCCAGUCUACACUUCGCAGCCUGCCGCCGUCAGCUAUCAGGGAGGCAGCAAAUUGCGCGGAGAUUUGAAAUGGCCACCACCGGAAUACAAGGAGGCCGCGGCUCGCGAGAACGAGGAACGUCGCCAGUUGGCGUUGGGCCCCGUCUGCCGUCCCAGGAGAAUCAACAGGCAGGACUACACACCCUUCUUUGCCAAGCACCAGUUGAACAAUGGCUAUCCCAGCUACAAGGUGCCACCCGGCACCCAGCACAUGUUCGGCUAAGCCUGGAAAGAACAAUAUAAAUUGCAAAUAACAACAGCAGAAAAUACAAUGGAACCCACUUCAUAAUAAUACUGAAAACGAUCAUGUAUAUGUUACUAAAACGAAUCACUAACGAACCAAACUAUAUAUAGGAUAUAUACAAUUGUUAUACUAAUCUUAAAUGACCACUAACGACGCCAUAUACACAUAUGUUACGAAACGAACCCAUGAUAGGUGAAUGCAAUACUACAGCAGGAGUGACUCCAUUCCAUGAGUCAUCUUCGGUGUUCUCCACACAAUGGAUGCAGGCUGAUCUUUCUCUAGAACAGAACGCACCCAUUGCGGAUGAUGCAGAUGAUGACUCGUGGAUGUGGAGCCCUGAUCCGGAUGCCCGAACUGGGCGAUGGAAAACGAUAUUCUCUAUGUACCCAUACUAUAUACACAUAUUUGGAGCAUGUGCAUAUAGUAUGGCUAAGAUAGCAGAGCAGGACUAUAUAAUAAACCAUAUAGCAUUAGAUUCUAAGAUGAAUGUUAAACAUUGUUAACUAGCAAAUGAAAUGGACACGAUGCGACCCAAGACGGAAACUGAUAAUGAGAUUGAACCUUGUCUUAGAUGUAAGAGCACUACUAAUCUAUUUAUUGUGAGCAUAUUCUAUUUAACGCAGAUCCUGUGACGCGAUCGGCUCAAGGAACCCAUUCGGAACCAUCCACUAAUUGUAAAUUAAGAGGUGAUGGCUUCCUGAAGAGAUAGACAUGUUCUUUGCAGCAGCCGUCGCAGGAUUCUCGAUGUUUAUUGUUUGAGUUUGCAUGCUUUUUGCUUAUAUCUAUACUAUAUGCACAUAUAUAUAUUUACUUUGACAUUGUUAAACUGCAAAUUAUAAAAAAAACGUCAAUGACCCCCGCUAAGUAAGUUAUACAAGAGAUCAGGCGAUCAGAUGAUCAGGCCGAAAGAUAUCUGUGAGUUCCGAAAAUGCCAUUCAAGGAUAUAAAAAUCAACGAGCUCGUUCUGACCCCCCCGAUUAACCCCUCCCAUUCCCCCAAGAUCGGCACUCUAGUCGGCCAGCUGACCCCGGGCAAUAAUAUGAGGAUGCCUUUGCCUGCUGGACGAGCAGCCGCGGACUCAGUGCCCAGGUCUUGGUGGAUGGGGCGGGGAUGUGGCCGGGAAGAGGUCGAGGACGGCCUAAAACUCUCAGACUUUACCAAUUACUAUGACCAGCAAUGUCUAUACCCAACUACACUACGAUGUAUAACUAAAAUGAAAUGAGAAACUAAAUAAACGGCAAGUUUUGAAUACUCGCGACGAGAAGAACUA